UGUUGCUGUGUACCAGUGCAGUACAGUACAAAGUACGUACUGUAUGUACAAGAAAGUAUAUGCACGUACCUUUAGCAAAGACGUGCAUUCCAAGCUGUAUCUCUACCGACAUGGUCUCCUGUUAGAAGUACACAAGAGUGACGAACUCUCAAGCUCAAGAGCUUCCAUUAUUUACUGGCAGCAGAGUCAAGAGGUUCCACCACCCCCUUUUGUUACAUUUAUAAUCAGUGACUAGAACUGACAUCACUCACAUGCACAAUGGCUCAGUUACCUCUCUACUACAACAAGAACAAACUAGUUGGACCUAAAUCAACGACAAAACGAUGGAAGGAGUACUAUCUAUUAGUCAUAACAAUAGUAGGGUUCAUUAUUCUAAUUGCUGGGGUUCUUUGGUUUGUUCCUGGUAUGGAAGAGGAUAAAAGUUACAACAAAGCAUAUGAUAGCUUCACAGCUCUUGGAGAUGUCGAUAUCGUGGAAACUCGCAAGCCCACACCGGAGUUACCCGUUCUCCGAAGAGAUGUGGAAGACCCGAGAAGUCGUAAACUGGAGCAAGAGUUGCCCCCUGGCCCUGAACCUAGCACUGAAGACAAACACCCGCCCAAAGUGAAGGAAGACACUCCGAUACAGAAGGAAAGCCGUGACCAAUCUGAGAAUGGUGGCCAUGUUUCAGAGGAGCUGAACGAGAAUGUUCAGGUGGAAGUUAACGACGACAGAGGAGCUGUGAUUGAUGAGAGUGCAGAAACCAGGCAAAGAAGGGAAAAAGUUGUUGAUAUGGCCCGCCAUGCCUGGCAGGGAUAUGUGGACUACGCCUGGGGUGAGAAUGAGUUGAAACCAAUCACAAAGCGAGGACACUCAGCGUCCAUCUUUGGCAAGAACACGCGUCUUGGAGCCACCAUAGUGGACAGCCUGGACACACUGUACAUCAUGGGCCUCACUGACCAGUUUAAUCAGGCCAAAGAGUGGGUCAAAAACUCUCUCGACCUAAACCAGGUUCAGAGUGAUGUGUCGGUGUUUGAGAUGAACAUCCGCUUCACUGGUGGGUUCCUCUCUGCCUAUGCUCUCAGUGGGGACGAGAUGUUCAAGGAGAAGGCAGUGCAGAUAGUAGAUAAACUCCUGCCAGCUUUCAACACACCCUCGGGGAUACCCAAGAGUCUCGUCAACUUUAAAACAGGUGCCACCAAGAACUGGGGGUGGGCAUCUGGUGGAUCAUCAAUCCUGGCUGAGUUUGGCUCUCUGCACCUCGAGUUUCAGUAUCUCUCUGAAAUCACUAAAAACCCUCUAUACCUGGAGAAGGUGAAUCAUAUUCGUGACCAUCUCAAAGGCCUCUCUAAACCUGAUGGACUUUAUCCGAAUUUCCUUAACCCAAACACUGGCAACUGGGGAAGCAAGCACAUUUCACUGGGUGCUUUGGGAGAUAGUUUCUACGAGUAUCUGCUCAAGUCGUGGCUGGUAACCAGCAAGAAGGACAUAGAUGGAAGAGACAUGUUCUAUGAUGCUCUGAAUGCUAUUGAGAGGCACUUGGUCAAGAAAACCUCCAACGGACUCACCUAUCUCACUGAUCUCAAGAAUGGAAAACCUGACAACAAAAUGCAACACUUGGCCUGUUUCUCUGGUGGUCUGUUUGCCUUGGCUUCACAUCAUGCCAUCAAUGGUCAGUCUGAGCACUACAUGGAUAUUGCUAAAGGCUUGGCCAAUGUCUGUCACGAGUCCUACCAAAGAUCAGCCACUAAACUAGGUCCAGAGUCAUUCAGGAUCUCCAACUCGGGUGAUUUUUCGAGCAGAACCAAUGAGAAGAUGUACCUACUGCGGCCAGAGACUGUGGAGACGUACUUUGUACUGUGGAGGUUUACUCACGAUCAGAAGUAUAGAGACUGGGGCUGGGAAGUCAUACAAGCGCUUGAGGAGAACUGCCGCGUGGCCUCUGGGGGCUACACUGGAAUCAAAGAUGUCUUCAAAUCGCAACCUCCCAAAGACGAUGUCCAACAAAGCUUCUUCAUAGCAGAGACCCUCAAGUAUCUGUACCUUCUGUACACAGACGAUUCUAUAUACUCGUUAGACAACUGGGUAUUGAACACUGAGGCACACCCCCUCCCAGUUUUAUCGGGUAUUCCUAUGUCCAACGACUUAUAGCUCUGUGUAAAUAUAGUAUUGAUCAGUUUUAAUUUUGUCAAUGCACACAUUCACAUACAUGUACAAAUAUUUUAUUCGGUUUUGUACAUGUAACUGUCAUGUUUUGUUUGUGUUACAUGAUUGUAUAUACUGGCACCAUCUACAUUCUUUUUCACUGA